CCGGCCCCCUCUCUCUCCUCAGAUGGAGGAGUGAAGCUCACUGACACACAUACAGACGCAACAAGCCACAGGCAGGCACGCUACCAGACAGACCGGCAGACAGGUAAGCAGGAGGCAGGCACCAUGACGCAAACAGGGGACAGACUCAGCUCUGUGACAACAGAUGCCUCCCACAGAACUGAACACUGAAGUUUACUUUGAGAGCCUCAGUGGAGCUGGAAUAAGCAGAAAAUAAGACAAAUAACAAGACGGGAUGAGGAGUUCUUGACUGCUGUUUUUCAUGCUGAGGACGAGGGGGUAUUUUACACACUUUUUCUGUAGUCGCUGAACCUGUGGAAUUACAUCUAUGAGUCAGGGGAGGACUAAAGCCAGCAUGGUAUUCAGCUGGCAGAAGUCCUUUGCCAUCCUGAACCCCUGGAGGAAAGGGAAGGGGGACAAUGUGCUGGAUAAUGAGGUCGUCUUGACCAAAAUGAAGCUCUUCAACAACUUCCAUGAGAAGCUCCUCAACAACGCUGAUGAUUCUUCAUCCACUAUCUCCAUGUCAGUAUCUGAGCAGGACAUCGCAGAGCCUGUCAAAGGCUUGAAGGGGAAUGCUGAUCUGGAUAACAUGCCUGGAAAGCCCCUGAUGGAGUCAAACUCAGGCUACCUCUCUGACAUUUUCUCAGACUCUCAGCUUCCCAUGCUGUACAAGUUUGAGUCGGAGGACUCUGGAGUGGAACUGCCCAGUGGAACCAACUCUCCCUCCACACCCACCGGCUCAGAGCAGAGCUUUGUGGUCCACAGCCGGGAACCGUCCUAUGACUCCUGUAACCUCAAUACUCCUGUCCCUACCCCAGGUCCACUCCUCACCAUUGAACAGUGCUCUGACACCAAACAAACAGAGGAUAUAAGAGACACACCAUGUACGACUGUAGACAAUGCUGUGCUGGAGUGUAAUACUGUGGAGUUGGGGGCUGAACUCAACACAGAGGUUGAGAGGGUAGACCUUCAUAUAACUGAGAAGGACAUACAUAUGAAGAGGGCCCAACACAGGGCCUUGAAGGACACUGCUGAGGACAGUGACAGGGUUUCAGAGGAACUGGGUGAGAACAGGGCUGUGACUGACGGGAUCAACUCAGAGAAGACAAGGUCCAAGAGCCAGUGCUCUACAGGGGCCUGUGAUGAUAUGACAGGAGUUAACUUUGAGCAGCGGCCUCUGAGGAAAAGCACGACGAGCGACAGCCUAGAGGAGUAUAUGGAGGAAUGCUGUAGACUGAGUGAGGUCCACCAGGCCAGCUCCAACCCCCUGGGCUCCGGACUGGGCUACCUGGAGCACAUCUGCCAGCUCAUUGAGAAGAUUGGGCAGCUCCAGGAACACAACCUCAGGCUGCAGAAGCAAAUCUGUGGGCUGCAAAAGGAUGGAAGGAUGACCAAGACCAAAGAGGACUUCUUCCUGCAGCACUGUAGCUGUGGAACGGCCGGCAUGGCCUUCCAUGAACAGAAAAGACACUCUAGGAGUGAGUUCCUGACCACCUCCGUGAGCGGCACCCUCUCUGACCUCUCCACCAUCCCUGAGGUCACACACCACACAGGACUCACAGCCAGGGGAGAGAGUGACCAGGGUGGAUGCCAGCCCCUGGUGCCCCUUUGGAAGAGGGGCUUGAAUCGGAUGAGCUACUCAGAGGGAGAUACGCGCUCCUAUCUCUCUGACAGUACAGAGGGUCUCUCUGCCCCACACAGACGGCUGAGUGAGAACUACACGUGGGGCAGAGUGAAGGAUCUGGUGAAGAAGACCAAGCUGAGGAACCAGAGCAGACUGGGACAAACAUCCACCUCCCUCAAGAGAUCCUGUCCACAGCUUUACCGCCCUGACCUGGGACCAGUGGACCUACCAGGAAGAAACAGGAACUCCAUGAUCGCCUUGGGCCAUCAGAACAAACUGGACUUCCAGUGGCCCAGAUAACCAUUGUUGAUAUGAAACAGACGGCCCGAAGUGGGAAGAGAAUGCCCGGAAGAGGAUAAGGUGAAGAUUCUCGACUGGACUGAGAGAGUAGUGUGAAAGGAGGGAUGUGAGAAAUAACACUUGUGAUGGAUGACAAAACUUUGAGUGAGGAGUGAAAAGAAAACAAAAAGAGGGAUGGUCAUAGACAUCUCUCUUGAGAUACAAUUCUAAACUAAGGGAUUGUAUUGUUUCAGAUAAGGGAACAUUGGUAUUUAUAUGAGAACAGACAUGCAUGUACUCCACAAUGUACAUGAAUACGAUACAAAUGAUUUCAUCUUGUACUAUAAUCGUUUUUCUAUUCAAUUCAUAUUGUAAUGCUUUCUCUAAAUAUGUGUUAUGUUAGUGACAUUUCAGUACUAUGUGUUGAUGGAGGAAACAACAACUCUUUGACAUGGUUGUUCCAACUAAGAAAUAGCCUAGACAAUAUUCUGGGGUGAAAUUAAAGGGGUAGUUCACGCAAAUUACAAAAUGACAUUGGUUUCCUUACACUGUAAGCCGUCUAUGGACAAGCUAUGGCAGCAAUGCAUCCUUUGGUUUAGUUUCCCUGCCACUGUUUCAACAUGCUAGCAUUUUAGCAUUUGUGGCACAAAUCCCAUUCAAGUCAUGGGACCGAUAUUAUUCGCGCAUCAUGCCCAAAUCAAUACAUGAUUUAAAUUCUAGAUAAGAGCGUCUGCUAAAUGACUAAAAUGAAAAUGUAAAUGUAAAAAUAAUUCGAAAGUAUCUAAAGUCGCUUGUCAUACUCAACAAAGUCACAUAGAUUAUUUGAACAUGAUGCUUGAAAAAGACAAAUUUCGGUCCCAUGACAGGGUAAGGAAACCAAUAUGUAAUUUUGUGUUUGGGUGAACUAUCGCUUUGGUUAUCAUGCCCCCUUGAACAAAUGUGAAACAUACACAUAUCAUACAUAUUUGAGGAUUGUACUUAACUAUUCAACACAUUUUGUAUGAAUUCUCUUCUUGUUUUGAGUGUAGGCCUAAGAGGCUGUGUGUGCAUGCACUAUACAGGGAUAAUAGAUUGUGGUGAUGUUGUGUGAAUGUGCUGUAUAUAACAAAAGUUAAUUGUGUACAGUCACUGUGUAUGUACAGGAGGGGAGUUAUGCCUCUGUAAAUUCCUAUGUUUAUAUGAUGGAAAUGUAUACUUUUUUGGAGAUAGGGGUUCCAGAUCCCUUAUGAUAAAACACUUUGAGGAUGCUAGAAAACGUUUGUGAUGCAUUGCCGCAAGGUUUUUUAAUGUUCCUCUCAAACAUUUAUGUAAAAAAAAAAAAAACUGUAAAGAAAAAAAACAAUAAUUUCGUUUAACUGCAACAUGUACAGUAUUUUAUCAAAGGCUGCUGUUGCACAUGCUCAUCUUCAAGACAUUUUUUUAAAUUUAUUGUGACAUGCAAGUCUGGUUUGACAAGCUAACGGUGAUUUUAGCUUUUCUACAUCACGGUUACAUUCCCUGGUUUUCCAGAAAUCCUGGUUGGAAUAUUCCCGUAUUUCCUGCUUUUCCCUCGUAAUGCCAUGAAUCUUCCCAACAGGCUUCCUUGAAAAAAUGUGAAUUUUGGGAAAGCUACUGGAAUUUUGCAACCUUAGUUACAUCACUAUGAGCUUCCUUUGAUAACAGACAGGCAAGUGCCAUGGUACCUUGGAAAUCUCACUGGGUAACUACAGAAGGAAAGUUCAACACAAAAACGUUGAAAAGGAUGAAUAAAAUAGCUUCAAAGCCUUGACAUCUAAUUGAAAUACAGCAGAAGUAAAUUCCAAAUGCUCAAAACUGCCCAGCGUUGUUUACAACAGGAAUGGAGGUCAUCAAAUGUUUUGAAAAUACUAAUCCCACAGUAAGAACAAAACAGUUAGUUAUCCAGUAUGUACUUCAGCAAUGUGAACAACAGUAUAGUACAACACCAAUGAGUUAUUCAUCAUGGUCAACAUGUACUCCUAUUAAAAUAAUAAUGUACUCUGUAGUUCUGUACAUGUAGCACAGCUGUAGCUGUAUCAUACGGAAUUCAUGUACUUCUAAAUACUCUAAUCAAGUAGAAAAUAAAUCUGUUGCAACUUGAGAUGCAGUAAAUGCUGUCAAUAUGCAUGAUAGGCCUACAUGUUUUGUCAGGACUGGGAUCUAAAGACUAAAGAUUGUGAUAUCUGUAUAUUGUAGAGUCACAGUAAGUUGUACAUGGAUGGAAUAUCUCAAUAUGCGUAAUGUAUCAUUAUUCAAAGUUAUUUUUCGAAAUAAAGUUGACAUUUUCAAUGACA